GACAAACGAACGCGCUUUGCAGCCAUCGCCGUGACUCAUACGCCAAAAAAAUCACAGCAACAUCUUUGGUUUGUGCAAAAGAUGUGCAAAGGAUGUACUCUUAAACUAAGAUAUAACCCCGCGCAUUCCGGAAAUUGCGUAAAGUAGCGGCGGUAAGGAAUAGGACUACGGUUGAGCCAUUGACAAUCGUAAAACAAACGAUCGAAUCAUCGCGUGCCCUGAACUUUGGCCGAUCGUACAACAGAGACCGACCAUCACAUGACGUACCCGUGAUGCCGAUGUCCAGCCUAGACUGAAGCCGGGACGCAUUCGUUAUCAAGAUUGAAUUGAUUGAAAUCUGGGAGAUAAAAUCUACAGUUGCAGCCAAAUAGUGGGAGCAAAUCCUUCAUAGUGCUCAACGUAUGAACAAAGUUAAUGUUCACUUCCAUCGAUCGCCUCCUGCUUGACCAAAUUGUCAACGGAUGCAGUAACGGUGGUCAUACAUUCUCGCUGCCAACCGCCUUUAUCAUCACUGUCAAUGUAUUCGUCACCAACUUCGUUAUCACAGAGAAGAAACCAACGUCAAAGUACGUUACCGCUACCAUCGCUCGCCAGCGGAUAGCGGCCCUGUGAUUAAACGUUUGCCUGCUAACGCCGUCGCACCACCAGUCGGCAGUGUACCGGGAAGGUGUUCUUGCGUGCCAUCGUUCGGCUCAGUCUGUACUAUGUACUGUGUGGCUCGGAAAGGAGUCGUUGCAGUGCAUAAACGAUAACUCUCUAGACACGCGCUUCGGUUGAAAGGUGCUCGUUCGGUGACUGCUGAAAGCCGGGGCGGUUUAAUCAUGUUACUAUGUCGCUGACAAUGAUUACCAUUAUACAUUGUCUUGCAAUUGGUAUCCUGAUAUUUUGGUUUGGCAAAUGGAUUAUCCACCUCACGGCCAUAACGUACGGAAAGGUCAAGCUGCACAAGAAAGCAUCCCAGCAGCCGCGUGAAACGCCGUAUCCGUCGGUUUCGAUCCUGAAACCCUUGAUGGGCGUAGACCCGAACCUGCAGAGCAACUUGGAGACGUUCUUCCUCAUGGACUACCCGACCUACGAGCUGCUGUUUUGCAUCGAGUCCGAGGACGAUCCCGCAAUCGAUGUGGUUAACCGGUUAUGUGAUAAAUAUCCCAGCAUAGAGACCAGCCUGCUCGUCGGUGGUUCGAAUGUUGGCGUCAAUCCAAAGAUUAACAACCUCUACCCGGGCUAUCUGGUGGCCCGCUAUGAGCUGAUAAUGAUUUCGGACGCGGGCAUACGAAUGAAAAGCGACACGCUGACGGAUAUGGUGAACCACAUGACGGAGCAUGUGGGUUUGGUGCAUCAGAUGCCGUUCGUUUGCGACCGGGAGGGAUUCGCGGCUGCCUUCGAGAAGAUCUACUUCGGGACGGUGCAAUCGAGGAUUUAUCUGUGUGCCGAUCUACUGGGCAUCAACUGCCACACCGGAAUGUCGUGCUUGAUGCGCAAGGACGUCUUGGACCAGCUGGGAGGCGUGCAAGCUUUCGGGUGCUAUUUGGCCGAAGAUUUUUUUCUUGCCAAGGCGUUCCACGAAAACGGAUGGAAGUUGACGAUCAGCAGCCAGCCGGCUUGGCAGAAUUCCGGCAUUUGUGAUAUUAGCAGCUUUCAGGCUCGGCUGACCCGAUGGGCCAAGCUGCGUGUGGCAAUGGUGCCGACGACCAUUUUGCUAGAACCAAUGUCGGAGUGUAUCAUCGUUGGCAUAUUUGCGUGUGGUGCGGCCAAAGUGCUCUUUCGUUGGAAUCCGCUAGUGUUUUUCCUCAUCCAUACGCUGGUAUGGUUCCUGUCCGAUUGGGUUCUUCUCUCCAUCAUACAGAAUGGUGCAUUACCGUUCAACAAAUUCACGUUUCUGGUCGGUUGGGCCUUUCGUGAAAUUAGUGGACCGUAUCUGUUUUUCAAUGCACUUUGGAGUCCUGCCAUCAGAUGGCGAACCCGCGUUUACAAGCUGGCCUGGGGCGGAAUCGCGUACGAACUUACUUCUCAAAUCAAAUCGUAAGAUUAGCUGCUCGACGCAAACAAAUUACCACGCUCUGUCUUUCACGUCCCUCAACAUGUUUCACCCAUUUCGCUGCUAUUUAUCGUCCCACUUUUUUAAUUGUUUUCGUUUCGAGCACAAAACACCCCAAGGAACUGUAAGGACUGAAUAAAAGGUUGCCCAUCACAUUUUUCGGCGCUGUUGAUGAAGUCAGUCCCCACGUAUCAUCCGUUGCAAGGAAACUGCGCCCACGUUCAUGUUUUAUAGUUUUAGAAUGUUUUGUUUGGCAUUUGCUUUUUGGUUUUAGUAAUCUAGUGUUAUAUUGGUUAUUUAUAAUGCAAACAAACAAAUGCUCGGUUUACGAACCCAACGUAUUCAACGCCAGGUCUGACGAAGGAUCUAAAUGGUGUACCUUAAAGUUUCCGCUAGCGUUUUUCCCAUUGCACGAACACAUUCGCUUCUUCAUAUGAGCAUUCAAAUAUAGCGGAAAUUGAUUUUUUUGUUGUCGAUUGUCCCAUUGUAAAUAAUAUUUAUAAACCAUGCGAAAACUAUUGAGUAAGUUGAAUCUUCUU